AUGAUUUGUAUGUACCUCAACGUCUUCAAAGCAUUCCCUGAUUUCCUUCAGCUGUCGGAUGUGGAUCUCCUGCGCGCUCAUCUUCCAAGUCAUGUGUGGAAUGUGCUCCUCCUAGUAAUUGCCCUAUUCGGCGACAAUUUAACCGUCAAACGACUUAUCUACGGCGCUUUUAUCGCUUCAUACAGCAUAUCCAUCACGUCAAUUGCUAUCUGUGUAGUAUCCAUUCACAGGAGAAUGGGUUACUAUCUCGAUCUCAAUGGUGUAUGCAGCUACUCGGAUAGCGAAAUUUGGUUCAUUAUUGCCAUGACCUCUCCAAUUCUUUCAGAAGUCAUCGCUGGAGGUCUGACAAUUUGGAAGGCAUUUCAUCAUGCAUACGCAUUAUGGAGCUCCUCAUCCGCACCUCUUCUCCACUCUCUCUUGCGCGACGGCAUCUUCUUUUGCGUCAGCAUUGGGAGCGCAUACCUUGCUUUGUACAUCCUAUGGGCGCCAAUGUCCAUCAUGUCUUCCCGGUUUUACAUCAACAUCAAGAGCGUAGCAACUGUUGAUCCAUUCUCACCAGAAUACUCGCUUUCGUUGAGCCCGCGGAAACGAAUCACGACAGGUGGAACGACGUUUGCGCGUGUCUCGCGGCGUACUACCACCAUGACCAUGGGAUCCCUUUCUCACUUUAGUCGUACAGACAUUUUCUCAGCAUCGGAUGGCACCGCCUGGCGCGAACCCGAAGUAUUUGACGCACAUAGCAUAGAAGAGCGAUGA